AUGGGAAUCGCUAAUCUGAUUUUUGUGUGUCUUUUACUGAUGGAAGGAGCUUUACUCAUCGAGAGCAGUUUAGGUAGGUGGAAAAUUACUGGCAUGCAAUUAAGGAUCUUGCUGCGACUGUACUGAAAAAGAUAAAAAUGAAAUGGGGUAUCUUUUGAGUCAUACUUUUAUGUUUAGAACGUGUUUUGCUUUAUUUUAGUCUUGGAGAUCCAGGAAUUCAGAUUUCCCUCAUUGUAGUGGAAUACACUUCGCCCUGACAAUUGCAUCGUGAGGAUUAAAGUUGACAUUACGCAUCUAAUAGCGCUGAGUUAUGGUUAUAACAGCAAUUUAUUGCUUUCAUAUAGAAAGGCCUUCAGGAUGACACAAUUCUAGGCCAAAAUCGGUUGCCGACAAAUUGGCCUUGACGACCACAAAUGAUCUUUACUGAAUUUUUUUCUUGUUUUGUUUUUUUCAAUCUUUGCCGCGAGGUUUGAUUGCUGUUUCAAAAACACUGGAUUUAAUUUUUUGGCACCUUUCCAAUAACAGAUCAGAUAUGCCCGCAAAUAAAAGAGUUAUUAACUGGAAAUAUAUGAAAUUAUCGAGCGUUUGUAAAUAGCACUAACCCACUUUCGAAAUAUACGAACUCGAUUGAGGAAAGCUGGAACGAAAACAUGAAAUCGAGGCUUAUGAUUAUUUGGGUCUGCGUCUCACUCCUUCCACACCACUAUAUUUAGUCUGUCUAAUGGAUCUGAAAAGCUUAUUCUGACAUUUGGUAGAUUAUCAUAAAUAUCUGUAUUUGUCUUUGAUUAGCUGUAGAUUCUUACACGCGUUUUGGUUAGAAUUUUGUGAACUAUUGGCCAUUUGUUUGUUUCACCGAACCUUGUUACUUUGGUUACAAAAGUUAAACUUCUCGUGGAUUUUGCCCCACUCCACUUCGGUGCAAAGUUGAAUGAAUAAAAGAAGAUUGCAUAGUGACAGGAUUAAUAUCCGUCAGGAAGGUCGUUAGUUCAAAAUUGGAUGUUCUGUUUACGGGGUUUUUCAACACAAUUUUUCCACGGUUGUAGCUUUUUGAUGGAAUACUUCGCAAGCUAUGACUCGGUCUUAAUUCAAAGCUUUCUACUCUCCCCGGUCUACUCGCCCUACGGGGAUUGGGGCGAGGAGACAUCAAACACUUCAGACAACUCAUUAUUUGUCUUCCAUUUUUUAGAAUGUCAAGACCUUCAGGAUGAGUUGUUAUGCUUGGAAGAAAAGGAAGCUGGCAACUGUUUAGAACUUCCGUGGAGUGGAUCAUGUCGGAAGACUUGUGAUCUUUGUGGUUAGUUCAAAAUAUAAUACUUCAUAUCAAUGAUUUUUACUUGACGUUGAAAUUUCGCUUUUAAGACAGAAUACACCUUUGACGGCUGGCUAUGGAUUAUGCAUGUUAAAAUCAGAAAAAAAAUGGCUGAAAGGAUAGAAAUCACAAUUGCUGGAAAAGAAAAUCUAAGUAAUUGUGGAAACUUUAUCAGAGCAACAAAGGAAGCUUUAAUUGUUAACCGCCACCCCGGGGGGAGGGAGUGGAGGUGAAUAAUAAUUAUUUUGGGGGGGAUGACAUGGUUUUAGGGGGGAACAGAGGGGAGAUCAGUCAUCGCCAACAAGGUAUUAAGGGUAGGGGGGGUAAUGGAGAAUUGACUGUCAAUCAAUUGCCAAUGAGGAAGGGGGGUUCAUAAGAUAUUACAGGGCCCUGGGGGGAGGGAACAGGUAAAUUUCAUCGUGACACAUUUAAAUCCUCCAAAACCCACCCCCUCUCCCCUCCUUAGGCAAUGAGUAAGACUGGUCUCUAAAAAGCAAUUAGGUUAGUUUGAGAUACAACUCGUCUAUAGAAUUUUUUUCUUUUUAGAUGAGUGUUAUGAUGCUCAGAACAUUGUAACUUGUGAAGACGAAUCCGAGAAAGGAAACUGCGGAGACACUGAAGUGGCCCACGUCUGCAGCCAGACAUGUAAUGUGCUGUCUUGUGCUCAGGUAACAGUUUCAUUUCUGAAUUUAUCCCCUUAGGGCCUAUUUACACGUACUGUCGCAUGCGACAAGACAUGACUUAACACGAAUUGUUUCUAAAUCAAACCUACAACUCGCUUACGACUCUUAAGUCACGUAGGCCUUUCAUUUCGCAUGAAUUUAAAUAGGCCUUUAGAGUACCCUCCCUUAAUUUUGGUUUUAGGAAGUCGUUUUCGUCUUCUUCCCCCCUCCCUGGCACAAAUGCUUUAUUGCUUUCUCUGUACUGCUUCUCCUGUUGCUUCAGUCCAGGCAAUCAAUAUGGGGCUAUCGUUAAGCUAGCUAUGCCCAUUCAUGAAUCCGUGCGAAAAAUAAAAACCUUUGUCCACCCGUCAUCUACUUCUAAGAUCUGAGGGAAAUUAUUUGACCGGAUAAGAGGCUAGAAAAUACUCCACGUGUGCAAGAAGGCGCAAACCUUGGUGGGAGGGAAAUACUUCGAUAACCUGUGCUCAGCGUUCGGUCGGUAAAACGAGCGCAAUAAUAAACGAAGCGAUAGAAGCGGGGGAGUGAAAAGACGAGUGAGGUUUGGUUCGAGUCGCGUGGUGAACGAAGUAUUUCGCUCCCUUUUACUAGCUAAACGCCUGAAGCAGGCUAUUGCUUCAAGUUCCCUCCACAAAUGUCUGCCGCUAAUGGUUAUUGUGUUUACAACAUUUUAUAUCAGGUACUCAGUGUGGAAAAGAAGGGUCCCCAUUUUGGUCCUAUUCACUCCACACCCUUCACUUCAACUGCCCACCUACCCCUCCCCUAACCCAACAUUAACCCUAACUUGUUAUCAAUUGACUGUUGAGUUAGGGGAGGGGUAGGUGGGCAGUUACCCAGAUAUUGAUAUUGAUCCAGCCACUAAUUAAAAGGGACUGUACUAAUCGACGAAUUUUUUCUUAACACGAUGAUAAACUUCGAUCAACAGGAAGCUACCAGCGCCAGCCAGCUACUUGAUGCAUAGUGGUUAAAAUGAAGAGAUGAUGACAUCAAUCACGUCUAUUAAUUUUAUUAGUCGUUAAGAAAAUGUCGUCUGAAUCUCAUUAGAUAACAUUUCCGAGAUGUUCAAAACUUCACUCUCUCCAUUUUUCCUUCGACUAUAAUGUAGGUAUAAUGUACAUCUUUCGUUGAGAAACUGCCCCAGUCA